CCCCGCUGCCUGCCCCGCCGGGGCCCGGCCUGUCCCGCUGCCGGCGCCGAGGGGGCGGCCGGACCCGGUCACCGCCCCCCCGGCAUCUGCUCUGUCUUCUCUGCAGAGGUUUUCCCGGGACACGGUUAUGGGUGACCAAAUCCAGUUCAUUGUUGAGAAGCUCAAUCAGGAGCCCUUCAGGAAGAACUACAAUUUGAUCUCCUUUGACUCCCUGGAGUCGCUGCAGCUGCUGCAGCUGCUCAGUGAUGUUCUGGGGGAGAUUGACCCGAAGCAUGCUGUCGACAUUAGAGAGGAGCUGCCGGAACAAACAGCUAAAAGAAUGCUGAAUCUCCUUGGAAUCCUCAAAUACAAACCUCCCGGGACUGUGCCAGACCUGAGUGCUUUUCGCCAAGGGCUGGUUACUGGAAGCAAACUUGUAAUUCAUCCUGUCUUACACUGGCUUCUUCAGAGGACCAGUGAACUCAAGAAAAGAGCUUACCUGGCACGUUUCUUAGUGAAAUUGGAAGUGCCAGCAGAGUUCCUACAGGAUGAUACUGUGGCUGAGUUCAACAAACAGUAUGAAGAACUCAUGGAAGCAUUUAAAAACCUACAUAAGGAGCACGAGCAGCUCAAAAUAUCUGGUUUAUCUACUGCAGAAAUAAGAAGGGACAUCAGUGCAAUGGAAGAGGAGAAAGAUCAACUGGCCAAAAGAGUAGAGCGUCUUAAGAAGAGGGUGGAGACAGUACAAAAUCAUCAACGGAUGCUUGAAAUAGCAAGACAGCUUCGCUUAGAGAAAGAGAGAGAAGAAUCUCUGGCUCAACAGAAACAAGAACAAAAAAGUCAGUUGUUCCAUGCAGAGCAGAGACUGCAGAGAGCCCAGGUCCAGCUGAAGGAGAUGCAGCACGUGGUGGCAGAUUCAAAACCAGAAAGUUUAAUGAAGAAACUAGAAGAGGAGAUAAAUUUCAAUUCCUACCUGGUUACUGAAAAAAUGCCCAGAGAGAUGGAAAGUAAAAAGACUUCAGUGUAUUUCUUAAAAAAGGUGGCUGCAGAGCCAGCCAUGACUCAAGCUGAUCUCACUGCACUGGAAAGUGAGAUAAAUGAAGUCAAUGCACAAAUGAAUCAGCUUAUUGAGAAAAGGAUGAUGAAGUAUGAGCCAACUGAUAGUAAAUUCUCCAUGUAUCGCCAGCAGGCUUCUAUAAUUUCCCGGAAGAAGGAAGCCAAGGCAGAAGAGCUUCAGGCUGCCAAGGAAGAGAUGUCCAGCCUGGAGAGGCAGAUGGAGCAGAAGAGCAGUCAGGCCCAUGAGCUGGAAGGCUCCGAAGUCCUGACUGAGGAGGAGUUCAAGCAGUACGUGAACAAGCUCCGGAGCAAGAACACGUUUUACAAGAAGAAGCGACUGGAAAUAGCAGAAAUUACAGCGGAGUACGGGAUCCUCCAGAGGACUGAGGAGCUCCUGAGGCAGCGCCACGAGGCCAUUCAGCAGCAGUUGCAAGCAAUUGAGGAGAAGAAAGGAAUCUCUGGAUACAGCUACACCCAGGAGGAGCUGGAACGAGUCUCUGCAGUGAAGAGUGAAAUGGAUGAAGUGAAAGGCCAGACAUUAGAUAACAUGUCUGAAAUGGUGAAGAAACUGAAUGCCAUGGUGGCAGAGAAGAAGGCAAGCCUUGCUCCCGUCAUCAAAGAGCUGAGGCAGCUGCGUCAGAACUGCCAGGAAUUAACUCAAGAAUGUGAUGAGAAGAAAAUCCAGUACGACAGUUGUGCGGCCGGGUUGGAGACCAAUCGCUCGGCCCUGGAACAGGAGGUGAAAGGGCUUCUUGAGGAGUGUGCCCAGGAAGAGAGCAACUACCAUUACAUUAACUGCAUGAAAAGGACCCUGGAGAUCCAGCUGCAGCGUGCCAAGGAGGAGAUGAAGGCCUAUGUGUCCCCAGACCCCCAGGAGCGGCGCAAGGCGGUUCGAGAACAGUAUACACGAAUCAUCCUUGAACAAGAAAACCUUGGGAAGAAACUACGAGAGAAACAGAAAGUUGUACGGGAAAGUCACGGGCCAAAUAUGAAGCAAAUGAAAAUGUGGCAGGACUUCGAGCAAUUAAUGGAAUGUAAGAGAGAAUGUUUUCUGAAACAACAAAAUCAAGCAGCCAUUGGUCAGGUCAUUCAGGAAGGAGGUAAAGAUAGGCUUGUGUUAUGAAUUCUUCCUCCUGAUACCCACAUGAAGUAGGAAUGUUAAAUACUGUUGCUUUCAUCAAUUCUACCAUUUUUAUACGUGGUUUGGUUUUGGUGCAUAAACAGAGAGAGCAAAGAACCCUUCUGGAAGCUUUUGCUCCACUGUUUCAGUGACAAUGUGCCAUGGUUGGAAGCUGUUGGGAGGGCUGCACUGGGGUGAACCUGCUCGUAAAUCCGUGUUUUAUGAGGCUGGGAAUGGCACGCACUGUAGGGAGAUCAAAGGGAAACAAAUCCUUCUGCAGGGUCACAGAAAACUCACGUAAUUGCUCUGCCUCUCAUUCUCUACCGCUAAGGUUACAUUUUUGCAAGGCCUGGGACUUGGUACUGUAUAAUUGUGGCCCUCCUGGCUUGGCCCUAUCUGUCCCUAUUGUCCUUACCCAGCCAGUGUGGCAGCAGGAGCGGGGCCGCUGUCACCCUGGCCCGAACACUCCUGGUCAUUCUUUCCUUGCACGGUUGGGCUCAGCUGAUUGUGCUUCCAGGAGACACCUCACUGCUACAGCAUCAGGAGUCGGCCUGGAGAACAAUCACUUGGAUUCUGAGCUUUUUCCAUUAUCUUUUGUUGCUGUUGUUUUUAACAGAAGUAUUUUUCUUGCACAUUUACCUCCUUCACAUUUUCUGAGUUGCCUGUGUGAAAAUGUAAAGGGAGCUCGGCUGAGGCUUUCCCCAGGGAGGAGUUUUGAGCUGUUUUGUCUGCACAGUGCAAUUCCAAAGGGAUUACACAGCCAAAGAGGGUCAUCCCAGGGCUGGAGGUUAUCCAUGGAUGUAGAUAUGGCCCAGUGGUUCUUGCAUCUGGCCUGGAGUGCAGCCCUGAGCUGUGAGCCACAGGCAGCUGUCACUGCCCUCAGAGGUGCCCCACGGCUAAGCCGGGGGCACAGGGAUGGAGGUGAGGACUGAGAGUGUCCCUCACACGUCACCAUUCUGCACGAGCAGCUCUUGGCCCCUGGCACAGAUCAGCAGCACACAGAUAAUUCGUGGGACCAGAAAUCCUGCUGUUCUCCUUUGGCUUACUGGAUUCCUAGAUAGGUUGGUGGGGUUUUUUAUAGUUUUUCCUGCCUGAAGUAGAAUGUCUUUUCAGGAUAUAAAAAAAAGUAAUUUUCCUUUCUUUGAUACCUAACUAUGAGAUCUUUUGCUGGUUUCUAUAUCCAGAGAAUAUGGUAAUUAUAGAGUUCCUGGUUUGCCUUUGCAUUAAAUAUAUUUGUUAACAGGACUGAAAUAAAAGCUGGCAAAACUA